AUGAAUGAUGAAGAUGAGAGAGACAAGUUCAUCGAGUUUCUUGGUCUCACCAAAGGCCCUGCCCAAGCAGAGGACAAGCUUGUGCGCAAACUUUACGAGCAUGCCGACAUGAGCGAUCUCGUGGGCAUACGCAUCGGAGUAUUUCUACCCGGCGAUAUAUACAAAGUUGCAGAAAUACUCUGUCGAGCGUUUACGGUGGUGCACAACUUUGGCACCGUUCGGGAUCCUUCGCGAGUCCCUAGCAUCGAGCGAAACGAAAGCAUCGAGAGGCAUGGCAACGGGCCAUGGCUCCAAAAUCUUGGCUACAGCAAAGAUACCUGGCAGCACUACGGGUACAAGCCUUGGCAGAUGGUCGUCCACUGGCAAAAGGCAGGCUGGAGCCUCGAGGCAGCCGCCAUGUCGAAUCUUUUCGCUCCAUUCAGAGUCGAGAUUCAGCUCGGAACAGUAACGACACAAGCUUGGGCCGAGGUGCAACACAACACCAUUUACAAAUGCCCUUCCGAGCUGCAAGUGACGGACAAUAUGAAACGAAUCAUCGAUGCGACCAAUGGCAUGUCAAUCACAGCAGACAUCUUACUCGUGGAACUGGAUCAUAUCCACAAACAGGCCGAGUACGAAGUCAACAAAGAUUUCUUGAGCCGCUUAUGGAAGGGCUGUCAAUUUGGAAACGAAAGAGUCAUAGAAGAUAUUCAUUCAGCCAAGAUCAAGUUGGGUGUCAAAGACAAGGAUGGAAAUACGGCUCUUCACUUUGCCUGCAUUGGGGGCAACCCUGAAAUAGUGGCGAAUCUACUUGACGUUCUCGACGAAGAGGAUGUCCAUGUUCAAAAUACAUUUGGCCAGACAGCGCUUCAUCUGGCCUGCACAGAGGGCAACGUCAAGAUAGCAGAGAAGCUACUUGCUCGUGGAAACAGAGCCAAUUUCAGCCUUCAGAAUAAACGAGGAGAAACAGCCCUUCACAUGGCCUGCAAGCAGGGCAACUUGGAUAUAGUCGAGCGUUUACUUGCCGUCAUGGACCCAAAAGCCGCCAAUCUUCAGAAUAAGACUGAACAGACGCCGCUCCAGCUCGCUGUCAGGGCCGGCAGCGCUGAAAUAGUGGCAGCACUUUCAGGCCGUCUCGACUGGACGACGGAGUUUUCUGGAUGGGUUGACGACGACGACUUGGUUGCUCUCAACAUUUUGAGGCAAACAGCACUUCAUGACGCGGCCAAGUUGAAUCUCGUCAGCGUCGUCGAGGAUUUUCUCCUCAAAGCUCGUGCCUAUGUGGACGCUCAAGAUCAGCAUGAUAACACGGCACUUCAUUAUGCGUGUGAACAGGGAAACGCCUACAUUGUCAAGGCACUUCUCGAUGUCAAGGCACAGAUUGAUCUUCCCAAUGUCUCGGGGCAGACGCCGUGUGACGCGGCCGAGAGGAACCAGCAUUUUGAUAUAGCGAGGCAGCUCCAGAGUGAGGUGCGACGGCGCCAUCGGUAG